UAUUAGAGGGGGAGGGAAUGGACGGUGGAUGUGGCAAUGUUGCUUUCACUUUCUGUAUUAAAGGGUGAGGCAGAAACACCAGAGAAAGAGACAGAAAGACCAAGGAUUAACAGAAGGAAAAAAAUGAAGAUAUAAGUGCGCAAGAGGCAUUUGUACACAGACAGCAAUUAUAUGUGACAGCCACAUUUACAUUUACAGCAGCGAAAGAAACCAAAGAGCUGUGGGGAAAAAGCACAAAGCACUGCAGAUAUUGGCAAGUAAAAAUAUCUCCUGGUUAUACAAACAUGGCACUUCUCACCAUCUGUGGACCUACUCAGAGCCAGGACUGGCGCAUGCCCCUCUGUGGAGGUACCAUCUCUCCAACAGUGCCCUUCCAGGUGUACAAUACUGAGCUGGCAGUGCCUCCUGGAUAUCAGCCUGCAAAGUUUCUGGAACAUCUGGAGGAAGGUGUGGAUGAUGUGAAGAUCGAGCCUUGGCAUGGGACUACCACACUUGCAUUUAAGUUUCAGCAUGGAGUCAUAGUAGCAGUGGAUUCACGAGCAUCAGCUGGAUCUUAUAUCUCUAAUGUAAAGUUUAACAAAGUGAUAGAAAUUAACCCUUACCUGCUGGGUACCAUGUCUGGAAGUGCUGCAGACUGCCAGUACUGGGAGCGAGUGCUGGCUAAAGAGUGCAGGUUAUACCAGCUGAGAAAUAACUCACGGAUAUCUGUAUCUGCUGCUUCAAAGCUAAUGUGCAAUAUGAUGUUACAGUACAGAGGGACAGGACUGUCUGUGGGCAGUAUGAUCUGUGGUUGGGAUAAGAAGGGCCCUGGUCUAUAUUAUGUGAAUGACAAUGGUACAAGGUUAUGUGGUGAUAUCUUCUCUACGGGAUCAGGAAAUUCUUAUGCUUAUGGUGUGAUGGACAGUGGGUAUCGUUAUGAUUUGACCCCAGAAGAGGCCUAUGAUCUGGGCCGCAGAGCCAUUAGCUAUGCCACACACCGUGAUGCCUACUCAGGAGGAUUUGUUAACUUAUACCACAUGAAAGAGGAUGGCUGGGUAAAGAUCGGGCAGUUUGAUGUGAACGACUUACUGCACAAAUAUACUGAAGAGAAGAACAUGGGAUUUAGAGGAAGCAGCAGAAGUUUGAUUUAAUUCCCCACAAACUGCAUCAUUUAAUCUGUGUGGUAUUGUCCUAACCCCACAUUAAAGCUAAUAAAGAAAAAAUGCAGCAUAUUUUGUAAACCAAAUACUGAUUCCACACAUGUUGAAACCAAAUCUGGCAUUUGGAAAUCAUCAGGAAUAAAUAUGAUUUGUUCAGACUU